GAGACGCACAACUUUCAUGUUGAAACAUUUUCUAUCAGAGGCCAUCUUGAUUAAGUUUUAAGCCUUUCUUUACUCUGGUGUCAACAUGAGCAUCUCUGAACUUGUCAUAACUUUUGAGUCCGAGCUUCGUUUUAGACCAUCUUCAUAUCCAUCUUGAUCUUCUCGAAGAGAGACAUUCCAAGGUGACUUCCAAUCAUAAGUUUGAAUUGGUCUUUAUAUAACCUAUGCUAAUUUUAUGAAUGUGCCAAUUUUGAGCGUCAACACAUGUCCCCCUGUUUUUCGGCAUAGCUAGUAUGCCGAAAAAUAACUUGUACCAUGUUGGUUCUAAGGACGAUGUCAACACUCCAUCGGCCAUUCUGCAUCUUCUUAGGAUGAUAAGUAUAUAUCGGCCAUUGCUUGUUUGAACCUCUUGAUGCAAACUUGGGUGAAAAACUUCUCAACUUCUAUAACAAUCCGGUGAUAAGGUUCCAUAGAUCAAAACCAUCAUCCGAACCAUAUCGUUCACCCUUUUGCUAGAAUUUUGCAGAUAAUCAAGAAUGAACUCCCUCUAAUCCUUUCUUUCACCUGCAUACAAAUUUCAUUAGUGGCCGAAGCAAUGGGCUUUGGUUCGGCCUUACCUAUGUCGGUGAGAUCAAGCAUCGGCUAUUGAUAGAUGUGCAAUACACCAUGAUCUACAUGGUAGCCGAAUGCUUGUUGCGCCAACUCAUUUGCUCUUCAAUUUUCAUGUCUAGAUAUAUGAGAAAUAUUAAAGCAACCCAAGGUAAAUUUUAUAUCUAGAGAUACCUCAAGGUAAACUAUUAGUGAUUUGUCAAAAUAUUGAUGACCCUUGGAUAUUUGUUGCACUACUCAUAACGAAUCACCCAAAGCCUCAAUGUGGGUAGCACCUAUGGCACCCAAAAGAUCCAAACCGAAUAACAUUGCAUAUUCGGCUUUGAUUAUUGUGCAAAAAAAUAUUUUAAGUGGCAUGAGGCUUCACAAAAUAGUACCAUAAGGAUAUAUAUAAACAACACCAACACCUUGGCCAUUGUUAUGAAUUCAACCAUCAAAAUAUAAUCUCCAUAGUACUAAAAAGACAAGGCUAAUAUCAAUAUUAUGCAUGUCAUAAAUCCGAUGGUCGAUAAUAAAACAACAAUGAUUUGGCCUCUCAUAUUCGUAGGCCGAAUCAUAUAUAUUAAAUCAAAGCAUAAACCCACUCAAUUUCUAUGAAUCGGUCUAUGCAACAUAUUUUGAAUGGCACCGGUCAUAAUGUUUCAUCUCCAUGCAAGCAUAAUAUAAGUAUAUGUAUAGAUUUCCAUGAACAUGUACCUUGUCUUGCUCUCCAACCAAACUAAGGACGAUGUUAGAAUGGUACACCGGCCAUGCUUUGUCAUAUUCUUAGGGCGAUAAAUAAAUAUCGGCCACCUCCAUAAGGUUCAUGUAGAAUUCAUCCACCAAAGCAUGUAUAGCCGAAAUAAACAAAUGAAAUAGCAAAUCAAGUAUUUCGGCUCUUUGGAUCAACAACAAACUUGUAGCUAAUCAAAUGUAUAGUGAUUUGGUAAUACCCUCUCAUGAUAUAGAAGAUUAUGUUGCAUCCAUGGAUGAAAAUAAAUCCAUGGAGGGUAAUUGAUCAUACCUAGGGAUGAGUUCCAUGGCAAAGACAUCAAUGGCAUGGUUGAAGAAAAUGGAUGAUGUGCUAACCGAAGAUUUCGAUGUUGUGAUGCACUCCUUCGACUUAAUUGUUUGUUGCUUCCAUCCUUCUCUCUCUCUUCACUUUUAUUGUACUUCUUGUAAUGGAAGCUUGCACAUAAUUCUCAUUUUGGGCACUUCCUUUCGGAAUCCAUGCCAUAUUCCUUUCUCAAGUUCUUGUGCACUAAGUUUUUGCAAUUUCUUCUUUUGCCAAUAUGAUAAGCCGAGUGGGCACCCCGAUUGUGAUUUUGUUUGAAGCAAUGGCAACUCUUGUUUUAUCUUGUGCACUCUCAACUUCUUCUCUUCAUAUUUGGCACCUGAUUGACUUGCCUCAUCGCCUUUAGUAGCCAAUGUCAACACUUUAAUUGGCUCUUUUUCAUUUGAGAUCAAAUCUGAAGUAGCACUCUUACGGCCAUCUUUUUUAACACGGUAAACUUGCUUGACCACCUCUUUCUUGUUUCUUGAGCUCCGGACCAAUUCCUUGUGAUCGAAAUGGUCUUUGACAUGUGAUUGUUCAUCAAAUGUUGAUUUUUGAAGAGCUGCAUAAUGUUGGUGAGAUUGUCCAAAAUAAGAUGGGUAAUGUGUCCUUGUAUCAUACCUGUCCCAUGAUGGAUAUGGAUUUACAUGAGCAUAGGGAGGUAUCCACGACAUCGGCAUCGGCGGCCCAAAAUGUCGGAAUUACUUAAUCAGAAAUCCUCAGUCCAAGGGAAAGUUCCUUCAGGCUAUUUCAAUGCACUUUUUGAUUUAAUGGGAGCUUGGUUGACAGAUGCCAAAGAGAUUAAGUAUCUUGCUUUUGACGGCUAUUUCAUUUCGUUGUUCAACUUGAACCUAAAAGCUUCUCCGUUGGUUCUUUGCGAUGAAGUCAAAAAGGCUGUUCCAUCCAAGUGGGAUCCUGUAGCAUUAUCUUGGUUUAUCAGAACUUAUGGGACACACAUAAUUGUUGAAAUGGCAGUUGGAGGUCAGGAUGUCAUAUGUGUUAAACAAAGUCAUUCUUCAACUAUUUCAUCUGCUGAACUAAAGUUACAUCUGGAAGAUCUUGGCGAUUUUCUAUUCUCCGAUGGGAAAAACCUCUCCCCCAUACAUCGUAAGACCAAGGAUGGCAAGAGCAAGGUGCCUGAUGUUUUUGUCAGGAUAGUGCAGCAGCCUAAUAACCUACAUCUUUCCAGUUACUCAGAAUCAUCAACCAAAGAUGGCCUGACAAUUACAUGUUCGAAAAGGGGUGGAGAUGUACAUAUACCCAGUCACUCCAAGUGGUUACCAACAGUUCCGAAGAAUCCUGACGCUAUAAUGUUCAAAUUUGUUCCCAUUACCUCUCUUCUUACUGGCAUUCCUGGUAGUGGUUACCUCAGCCAUGCCAUCAAUUUAUAUCUUCGCUAUAAACCCGAUCUUGACGACUUACAACAUUUCUUGGAGUUUCAAGUGCCUUUGCAAUGGGCACCUGUGUUCAAUGUGCUUGUCCUUGGGCCCCAGAAGAGAAAAGGCUCUUACCCUUCCUUGCAGUUCAGAUUCCUUGGCCCCAAACUUCGAGUUAACACUUCUCAGGUAUCUAGCGCCCAGAAACCUGUAGUCGGUCUUCGGUUAUAUCUUGAGGGUAGGAAGUGCAAUCAGUUGGCCAUCCAUGUCCAGCACCUCUCUAGUGUCCCAAGCAUGCUUGGAGACUCGAUGGCAUCUUCGAUGUCUGAGUGGCGUGAGUCGGAAGAUACAGACCCAGGGUACAUUGAGGCUAUCCAGUGGAAUAGUUACUCAUGCAUUUCUACAUCUGUUGUGAAGUACAACCCCGAGUGGAGUAAGAGAGUUUCUGGUGGAGUUUUCAUCGUCACUGGUGCCCAGCUCUUCACAAAGGGAACCUGGGCAAGGAAGGUGCUCCAUCUGCGGCUCCUCUACACACAUAUCCCAAAGUGCACCAUACAUAAAUCUGAGUGGACCCGAGCACCAGCAGCAUCUCAAAAGGGAAGCUUUUUUACAACAAUAAGCACAACUCUAAGCUCUCCUUUCAUGCAUCGCAACGCACAGCCUGCCCAGAAGCAUGAGCCGGCGCAGCUGAACUCAGGUGUUUACCCUGAUGGUCCACCUGUUCCGCUUCAGUCGAGGAAGCUCCUGAAGUUUGUUGACAUGUCGGAGGUGGUGAAGGGGGCACAUGAUGUCCCUGGGCAUUGGCUAGUGACAGCUGCGAAGCUUGUGAAGGAAGCUGGCAAAAUUGGAUUGCAUGUGAAGUUUGCCCUGCUCAACUAUGAUGAUACAGAACAACCGCAUGGAAGUAUCAUGAGCUACCACUGUAAAUAGGACAGGUGAUUGUUGAUCUUUGUACUCCAUGCAGUAUCAUGAGCUACCAUGGAGUAGAUGGCAGGAUUUUGGAAGCAACGUUAGGAUACGAGAUUGUUAGAGUUUUUUUUUGGGGGGGGGGGGGGGGGGGGGGGGCGGCUAUAGAAAAUGUAGAGGACACAAACAGUAAACGUAAGAGCCUUGUAUUGCAAAUUCUCAAUUCUUGUACUCAAUAGAUUUGCGUAGUUAACAGCUAAGAUAUCAGUUGGAUUCUGGUAAUGCAAGGAGUAUGUAUGAUCA